UGGGAAAGACGUCUCUCAUCAUGUCCCUGGUCAGCGAGGAGUUCCCAGAUGUGGUUCCGUAUCGAGUUGAGGAGAUCACGAUACCUGCAGAUGUCACACCAGAAAGAGUUCCCACACAUAUUGUGGAUUAUUCAGAAGCAGAGCAGACAGAUGAUCAGUUGUUUCAGGAAAUUUCAAAGGCAAAUGUCAUUUGCAUCGUCUACGCCGUCAACAACAAGACCUCCAUAGAGAAAGUGACUGAUCACUGGAUCCCUCUGAUCACCGAUAACACAGACAAGGACAGCAGGGUUCCUCUGAUCCUGGUGGGGAACAAGUCUGACCUGGUGGAACACAGCAGCAUGGAGACCAUUCUGCCCGUUAUGAACCAGUACAGUGAGAUAGAGACUUGUGUUGAGUGUUCAGCAAAGAAUCUAAAGAACAUUUCUGAGCUGUUCUACUAUGCCCAGAAGGCAGUCCUGCACCCCACAGGACCUCUCUACUGUCCAGAGAAAAAAGAUAUGAAGCUUCUUUGCGUAAAAGCUCUGAGUCGAAUCUUCAAAGUAUCGGACCUGGACAAUGAUGGCAUCCUCAGUGAUAACGAGCUCAACUUUUUCCAGCGAACAUGCUUCAACAGCCCCCUGCAGCCUCACGCAUUAGAGGAUGUGAAAAAUGUGGUGAGGAAGAAUUUAGUCGAAGGCGUGUGCAACAACGGACUCACCCUGAAAGGCUUCCUGUUCCUUCACACGCUGUUCAUCCAGCGAGGUCGCCAUGAAACAACCUGGACGGUGCUGAGAAGGUUCGGAUACGAUGACGACCUGGAGUUAAAUCAGGACUAUCUCUUCCCUUCGUUGAAAGUUCCUCCAGACUGCACCACUGAGCUCAAUCACAACGCCUACCUCUUCCUGCAGAGCGUCUUUGACAAACAUGACAAGGACCGUGACUGUGCCUUGUCGCCUGAGGAGCUGAAGGACCUGUUUGAUGUUUUCCCCUACAUGCCCUGGGGUCCAGAUGUUAAAAACACAGUUUGCACCAAUGAUCAGGGCUGGAUCACGUACCAAGGCUAUCUCUCACAGUGGACGUUAACGACUUAUCUUGAUGUUCAGCGGUGCCUGGAGUAUUUAGGAUACCUCGGUUACUCAAUAAUUGCUGAGCAGGAGUCUCAAGCAGCAGGGAUUACAGUCACCAGAGAAAAGAAGAUCGACCUGCAGAAGAAACAGACGCAGCGUAACGUGUUUCGCUGCAACGUCUUUGGAGACGUGGGCAGCGGAAAGAGCGGCUUCCUCCAGGCCUUUCUCGGCAGAAACCUUACGCGACAAAAGACGAUUAAAGAGGAACACAGAUCCUACUACGCCAUCAGUACAACCUAUGUUUAUGGACAAGAGAAGUACCUGCUGCUUCAUGAAGUGUUCCCGGACUUCGACUACCUGACGGAUGCCGAUCUGGCCUGUGACAUUGUCUGCCUGGUUUAUGAUGUCAGCAACCCUUACUCCUUUGAGUACUGCGCCAAUGUCUUCAAGCAAUACUUCAUGGACAGCAAGACACUGUGUAUGCUGAUCGCAGCCAAGUCAGACCUGCCGGAGAUCAAACAGAUGUACAGCUGCAGUCCUCUGGAGUUCUGCAGGAGGCACAAGAUGCCCCCCGCACAGUCGUUCACCUGUAACACAGCAGCUGAACCCUGCAGGGACAUCUACACCAAACUGACCACGAUGGCCAUGUACCCCCACGCCCGGCUGCGCUGCAUGUGCACCUGUAACCGGUGCACGUUCUGCUUGUGUCAGAACUUCCUCAACUCUGAACUGCUGCAGACCGUCAGGGCCAAACUCUACGCUGUCGUACUCAGAAGACACGUGAGCCAAGAAGACCUGAAGAGCUCAACGUUCUGGCUGAAAGUCAGCGUCGGGGCCUCUGCGUUCGCAGUGGUGGGCUUCGCCCUCUACAGACUUCUGUUGAAGAAACGGUGAACCGCCACCAUCAAACCGAUGCAGCCCUCCUUCUUUUAGCCGAGCAGAACAUGAACUUUCUUUUAUGUGUUCGAGAAAUUAAGAUUUUCUUAAAAAACUCUUCAGAUUCUGUCAAAAAUACUAUAUUAGGGAGGGGAAAAUAUAUUUAAAUGAAAUACGUGUAAGCAUAAA